AUGUCCUUCUACACUCGCGAUCAGCAGAGGCGCCGGGAGAGGAGCCGUGCCUACAAGGCAAACAUCUCAGCAAAUGCCAAUAAUCACGAGGUUCUGCAGCUAUCUGCCUCCUCUGCUUCUUCUCCCUCCGAGAUCCUUGGCAGCACCCAGCGCGACAACACUGGCUCAACCAUCUUCCAGCGCUUUUGCCCCCGCUCUGCCAGAGCCCUUGCGCGGAUCAACAACCUCGGUACUGAAGGAAGGGCACUCCUUGAACACCUCUUUGCCAACGGCAGCGAUCAUGGCUUUGGCAGCGACUACUUCUCCCUCGAAUUCGAUAGAAGGGAGGACGAGGACACAGGAGACAUCUCAUGGGCUUGGUCAGAAGCAACAGAGAAGAUGGGAAGUAAGGUAGACGGAUUCCAGGUCUGGGUGAAGCAGCUGGUGCACGAGGCUGUUGCUACCCAUCAUCGUGUCAGCAGCAUCUGCCUGGAGUUCAAACAACGCCUGGAAUAG